GACUCCUCUGAAUGCUCUUACUUAUGUCAAUGGCAAAGAUAUGCCCAGUGAGGAUCCCAAGGCUAACGAUAUCGCAGAACUAGUUUCAAACAAAGCUGCUAAGGUGCUUCGGCACCUUAAAAUAAGGAACACAGAUCGUCGAAUUGAAGGUCUGAAAUAAUGAAAUAAAACUAUUGGAUACUUUCAGAAAGAAAAGAGAUCGUAGAUAUGACAACUUUAACCUGUCGACCCAAGGACUAAGCAGCAACUUUAAUGUGGAAUAUGACCUUAGUAAGAAAAUCUCUGAAGACGAUGCCAAAAUUCACAAGAAAUUAGCCAAAGUCAACAAAAGUGAAAACAUCAACCUUGAAACUGAGAAGGAAGCUGGAUAUUAUGAUAUCGACUCAAUAGCCAAGGUGCUGACUACCAAAACAAAGCAGUGUAGUAGGAUCCUGAGGUCUAAAAGAUGCUCCCUUAUUGAUAGGCUAAACAAUGAAAAUACAAUUGUGCCUGUACCUCCUUCAUUUGACAAAGAAGAGAGCCAAGAAAUCAGGUUUGAAGUUGAUAAGUUAAGAGUUAAAUACAAACUCAAGAGGAAAAAGCAAGAAACAGAUGAUAUUGGUCAACCAGUUAUGCAUGUACCAGGAAGCUCAAAAUCCAAAAGAGACACAUUUUACUUCCCAAGUAAUGAGAGAAAGCAGAAGAGCAGGUACUCCAAAAGAGUCAACAAGAAGCUGUUUCAAAUCUAUGACAGAUGAUCCCAGUAAAAUAUAAAAAGUUCAAUU